AUGCUUAGUUGUGGCUCCUAUACAGGCCCUACCAGCUAUAGUGGUGUUGCUGUGCCCAGUGAAACGAGUAGCCAAGACGGCAAGAACGCCAAGCCUGGCGGCGGACUAAAUCGACGAAAAAAGACAGCUUUUCCUGCGAAAUUUGGAGGCCAGUUUUUGCGCGGAACAAAUAGUCUCUUCUCCAAGCAAUCUCUUAUCUUGGCUGUUAGAUGUGCGUGCAGUGCCGCACAGAAAAAAUUAUUUCUGACGUCAAAAGAUAAGCAACGGGGCCAAAGCCAGCUAUUUGAUUAG